UGAACUAUCGAUCAGGCCCUCAUGAACCACAGUCAAACGUCCAAGGCCAGUUGCAAAUGUAAGUACAUAUAUACCCUGACCAUUGCCCAAGGUACAGUACGUACUCGACAUCUCAAUUCCAUUCAACACAUCAGCACAGCACAGCUCAAUCUUGCAUUACCAGCCACCAUCUAAUACACAUUUCUCCAUUCCAUCCCUUCUCAAUCUGAAAACAUGAUCUCCAUCACAAGCACGAUCCUCGCCAUCCUCCCAGUGCUCAGCACUCUGGUCAGCGCCAACCCCAUUGCCGCGCGCACAUCCAACGUCUCAGUAACGUUCAUCGGCGCCGCUGACGCCCAAUACACACUCGACAUCCCGGCCUCCAGCACCUGGACGCCGACCAAUAAUGUCCUGUCCAUAAGCCACAUCAGCACCAGCGCCGGCGGGCCCUGCGUGUUCUUCGGCGUCGAUGGCGUCGUCUUCGUGGCUCCCGCAGAGGGAGGAUACGGUGACGUUGGCCCGCCCCAGACCAUCGCCGGUGGUAUCUGUGGACCGUUCCCUGGUUCAGACUACGGAAUGUGGUAAUCAUAGUUGCAUUUCUUUCCAUCUUUGCUCUUUCUGCCGAUGGCACACAGACACAUGUACAGUACAGCACAGCACAGCAUAGCGAAGGGGCGUUUUCAUCCUGAUACCAGACAGACUACGAUGGGGUUGAUAAUGGGCAGGGAAUUGGGGGAAUAAUCAUCAAUGUACACCAGUUCAGACAAAAUAGUCAUGAUAUUUUACAUUCAAUUACUUGACCAUUCCACUU